GUUGUCUCAAAACGAUCGCUGACUAAAAAAAAAGACGGACUUCUUCCACGCGCUCACCACUCACACACCAAACUCAUUAUAAAAAAACUCUAUCGUCCUCCUCCUCCUCCUUUUCAUUACAAAACAUUGUCUUCAUCCCAAGUUUCGUCUUCUACUUUCCCGGAAAAACAGGAAUUCACAAAACCCAAUAUCGAGAACAUGCAUGAUUUCUGCUUCACAAUACCCUAUGGGAUGCUCCUAAUCGGCGGUGGGUUCAUCGGAUACAUGAAGAAAGGAAGCAUUACAUCUUUCGCCGGAGGUGCAGUCGCUGGCUUACUACUCAUCCUCGCUGGAUAUCUCAGUCUCAAAGCUUUCGAGAAGAAGAAAAAUUCUUCCAUCGCUGUUGUUCUUCAGACAGUAAUCUCAGCAGCACUCACACUAGUCAUGGGACAGCGUUACUUGCUCACUCAAAAGGUUAUGCCGGCUGGUCUAGUUGCUGGCAUCAGUGCUCUCAUGACCUGUUUUUACGUAUACAAGAUCGCUACUGGUGGCAAUAAGAUCUCAUCAAAAACUGAAUGAUGGCUAUGCAACUCUGUUUUUUCUUUUUUUUCUCAUGGAUGUAUAUGAUUCUCUCCUUUGUUGAAUUUGUGGAUUAAAAGUCUCUUGUGUGGUUCUGAAAUUAGUUUGUAUUAGUUGAAGAACUUCAUAUAGUCAUGAGUGUUUCUGGGAUUAGUUUCUUGUAAUCAUGUUUUUGUUAACUACAAACUGGUUUGAGUCAUCUUAAAUAUCAAAAUAUCUGACGUUUUUGCUACA